AUGAUGCCUCUCCGUCCUUCCAGGAGUGCUCUGCGCACUCUGCCUUCACAGAAGCAGCUUCUUUCGAAUCGCAGGCACUUUUCCGUCUCUUUGGUCGCUCGUGCCGUCUCGCCCCACCGCUCCUCGGGCGCCUUUGUGAAUCCCAAACGGGGACAGAGUACGGCCGCUGCGUCUUCAGACGCUCGCCCUGUGCCUAGUCCGGCAUUCAAUCAAGAUGCUCCCCGAUCGAAUGUGUCUCCUCUGGAGAAUCGGAAGUUGCCCGAAUUAGAUGAUUCUUUCGUCGGACUCAGCGGUGGUGAAAUCUUCCAUGAAAUGAUGCUGAGAUUGGGCGUUGAGAAUGUUUUCGGCUACCCUGGCGGUGCUAUCCUACCUGUUUUUGACGCUAUCUACAACUCUAAGCACUUCAAUUUCAUCCUACCUCGCCAUGAACAAGGUGCCGGCCAUAUGGCCGAGGGUUAUGCCCGUGCAUCUGGAAAGCCCGGUGUAGUUUUGGUGACUUCGGGCCCCGGUGCUACAAAUGUCAUCACACCGAUGCAAGAUGCACUCUCCGACGGAACACCCAUGGUUGUUUUCUGUGGUCAGGUGGUGACUUCUGCCAUCGGUACUGAUGCCUUCCAAGAGGCCGAUGUCGUUGGUAUCUCUCGCCCCUGUACCAAGUGGAACGUCUUGGUGAAGAGCGUCGCCGAGCUUCCUCGACGCAUCAAUGAAGCUUUCGAAAUUGCCACUAGCGGUCGUCCAGGUCCCGUCUUGGUCGACCUUCCGAAGGACAUCACCGGCGGUAUUCUCCGAAAACCCAUUCCCAUGAACAGUACCCUGCCAUCUCACCCGAUUGCCGCUAGCGAAGCCGUUCGCGCUCUUGGCCGACACAACCUCGAGACCACCCUUGACCGUGUCGCUGAGCUCGUCAAUAUCGCCAAAAAGCCAGUAUUGUACGUUGGUCAAGGUCUACUGGCCCAUUCGGAUGGCCCCCGGCUUUUGAAGGAAUUCGCUGAUAAGACCUGCAUUCCCGUCACCACCACUCUGCAGGGUUUGGGAGGAUUCGACGAGCAUGAUCCCAAGUCUCUUCACAUGCUGGGUAUGCAUGGUUCCGCCUACGCCAACAUGGCCAUGCAGGAGGCCGACUUGAUUAUGGCCCUGGGAGCUCGCUUUGACGACCGUGUCACCUUGAGUGUUUCUCGCUUCGCGCCGCAAGCCAAGGCUGCUGCAGCGGAAGGCCGCGGUGGAAUCGUUCACUUUGAGGUGAUGCCGAAGAACAUCAACAAGGUUGUUCAGGCCACUGAGGCCGUUCAGGGUGACUGUGCCGAAAAUUUGGCGCUGCUCCUUCCCAAGGUGAAGCCCGUGGCUGAACGGCCCGAGUGGUUUGCUCAGAUCAAUGACUGGAAGACUCGCUUCCCGUUGAGUCUCUAUGAAAAACAGAGCCCGGAUGGGCCUAUCAAGCCCCAGGCCCUUAUCGAGAAGCUCAGCGAAUUGACAGAUCCUAUCAAGGACCGGACCGUUAUUACCACUGGUGUCGGUCAGCAUCAGAUGUGGGCUGCUCAACAUUUCCGAUGGCGUUAUCCCCGCACCAUGAUCACCUCUGGUGGUUUGGGCACUAUGGGAUUCGGCUUGCCUGCUGCCAUUGGCGCCAAGGUUGCCCGUCCAGAGGCCCUUGUUAUUGACAUAGAUGGUGAUGCUUCUUUUAACAUGACUCUGACUGAGUUGUCUACUGCGGCUCAAUUCAACAUCGGCGUUAAAGUGCUUGUGUUGAAUAACGAAGAGCAAGGCAUGGUUACACAAUGGCAAAAUCUAUUUUAUGAGGAUCGUUAUGCCCAUACACACCAGAAGAACCCCGAUUUCGUGAAAUUGUCGGAGUCUAUGGGUGUUCAGGCUCAGCGGUGUUCUAAACCCGAUGAAAUUGAAGAGAAAUUGAAGUGGCUCAUUGAGAGCGACGGCCCAGCACUUUUGGAGGUGCUUACAGACAAGAAGGUCCCUGUCCUCCCCAUGGUUCCUGCUGGCAGUGCCCUUCACGAAUUCCUUAUCUACGACGAAAAAAAAAAUAAGGAGCGAAAGGCCUUGAUGAAGAAGCGUGGGGUGAAGGAGAUGAACCAUUAG